AAUUACUUACUGGAAAGAGAGCAAAUCACAAACUACUCCCUCACCAGCUCAAGUAAUAGUUGCUCAACCCGAGGAAGUUGGAAUAUCAAGCGAAUGGAGCAGCGAACAUACAAACGAAGCAGUCUCAGGCCGUGUGGUCGGAGGAAUUAUAGCAAAUCACGGUUCGGCGCCCUACAUGGUCCGAAUCUGGGAAUACAGGCCUGAGAAUGCACGGGAUCCAUGGACCUUCAUCUGCGGUGCGACACUCCUGGACCAGAGGUGGAUUUUGACUGCUGCGCAUUGCAUGUUUGACAAGAACAAAAACUUGAUUAAAAAGGAAAACAUGAAUUUAUUUUUCGGUGACCAUGAUUCAAACGAAAGAGAAGAGUCGGAAAAGAGCCGACAGCCAGCGGAAAUAAUUGUGCAUGAAGAUUAUAACAAGAUAAACCUUGAUAAUGACAUUGCCCUGAUACGUAUCGACCCACCACUGUGGGAGUUCACUCCUUACAUUCGUCCUAUUUGCCUGGCCCCUUGGGGUCUGUCCAGUCGUCUCAUGGAGACCAGUAUCCACGAACGCACGACCGGACGCGUGACCGGAUGGGGACAAGAGACUUUCAGUGGUCCAACCAACCGGUUUAUGAAGGAGGUGGAGCUACCUAUUGUUGACCGGCACAUUUGCGAGGAGAGUGUUCAUGAGAAAGAAGGGGAGUUUACUGACAGCAUGUUUUGUGCAGGUUACCACAGUCCGCUGCGGGACGCUUGCCGAGGCGACAGUGGGGGUCCAUUUGCUUUUCGUCAUGAUGAUGGACGGUGGUAUCAACUGGGUAUUGUAAGCUGGGGCGUCGGGUGUAAUAAGGUGGGGGAAUACGGGUUCUACACAACCGUCUCUAGAUAUCUUCAUUGGUUACGUUCUAAGAAUGUAACAGUUGCAUAUUCUCCAAACGUAGAGAGAAGGUUCAACGAGAGUCGACACAGUGAGGCCCUUGCCUUUACAGAGAGAUCUCCUAGCAUUUUGACGGUUGCAGCAGGUAGCGUGGUCGACCUAGAGUGUGUACCUAACAGAGAUGAUGCGUCUGUUCAGUGGUUCAUUGGGAAUAGACCAGGUAACAUGUUACUCUCUACAUACAGAAAAUGCAUUGUCAGAAUACAUGUGUUGAUUCCAAACAGUACGAGAUGGGUUGGUAACAACACUCACAUUUGGUCUAUGCAGCGUCAUGUUCGUGAAAUAUGGAGGGUAAUGCCGACACCACACCAGACCAACAUCAGCUAGACCAUGUGCAGGAGAACAAACAAUGAAAUUACCCCCAAUUAGUCAAAAAGUGGUCGGUUUGGAGUCAAUGUACAUUCGUUUUGGUUAAAGCAUUUUUAGAUGUAAAGUAAAAAAUUUGUCUAGUAUGCCAAAAUUGACUCAGGAGAAAUUGACGCCGUUGCAUGUGACAUACUCCUAUAAGAGAUUAAUCAUUCUG